AUGGCCGACCCUCACCCUCAGCAUAAUCCUGCUUCUCCUAUCUCCUCCCUUCUACGCACGCUCGGUUUGACGCGUGAAGACCUCGUGUUGCACACGGAGCAGAUGCGAGCAUAUCUAUCUCGAGGCAGCAGCUCUCAGCCCCUGCCAGAAUCAACUGUGCAGAGCCGAAGUUUGCGCAGAUCUCGUACUGUAUCGUUCUCGCAUAGCUUCAGAAAGAAUACACCGCCAACGCCACCAAAGACUCCGGUUAAAGCCGAACCAGUCGAACAUACCAUCUUCGGGCGGCAGAUGGAUACUAUGGAGAGGGUAUUGGAGGGCAAAAGCAAGCAGACGAAGAAGGAGAGACGAGAAUCCAAGUCUCGCUCACGAGAUAGCCGACGCGUAUCUCAGGCGUACAACCUCACCCCUUCGCGCAGCAGGACUCCCCAAUUAAUACCAGUGAACGGGUCAUCGGUGAAGCGUCAUUCUCGCAACUAUCUCCGGUCAGCUAUUGUUGUUUACUCAACGGUAUGGAUGGUGCUCAUGUGGAUUAUACUCAUGCGCUCGCAGGAUGUGGUCGCCAAGGUGGCCCCUGGAACACCGAGGAGAUCGACCCGCGCUGCUACCUUAAAGGCUCCUAGCUCCCGUCUACCUAAGACACCUAUCAAUCGACAUGUCCUUUCUCAGCCAUCAUCGUCACAUACCUCUACGCCACAAUCUAGUCCAGCGCGUAUUGUGAACAUCGUAUCGUCUCCAGGUCCGAUGCGAGACACGCCCGAUUCGGAAGAAGACGAACUUGACGACCUUCCGUACACCUUACCGCCAGGACCUUACUCGAAAGAGAAACCAGACUUCUCCUAUGCUGCCCUGAUCGGCCAGGCUAUUCUCUCGUCGCCUGAACAUCGGCUCACUCUGCAGGAUAUAUACGAAUGGAUAACGACUGUAUACCCUUACUAUACACGUGGCGAACAGACCUGGAUGAACUCUAUCAGACAUGCGUUAAGUACCAUGGCUGUCUUCCGCAAAAUUACUCGUGGACGGAACGAAGGCAAAAGUUUGUGGGCUAUCUGGGACUGCGACAUUCCGUGUUUCGCGAACGGUGGAUUCAGGAAGUCCCUAUGUGCAGAUAUGGCUAAGGCAAAGCCAGCUACGACAAAAUCUGGCCCAAAGCGCAAGUUUAGCAUAGAUGAUACCCUGACAAGAGAUGGCAAGAAGCGUAAGAGGUCCGUUGGUAACGGCGCUGACAUCAAAUUCACACCGUUCUCCUCGUUGUCACAUCCUGCUCCAAUCAUACCUCCGUUCUAUACUCCAAUGUACGCGAACGCUCAGCAACAACCUUACUAUCGGCCCUACGUACCACCACUGCCGCCGCUUGCACCUAUCCCUGUGUCAACACCCGCAUCAGCGGCUGUAUCUGCAGAAGCUCUCUUCCCGCCGCUACCACCUACCUCUGCAUACCACCGUGCAAUGUCAUUAUCUCAGCCAUCGUCAGCUUCCGUAUCCCGAGCAGGCUCGGUUGAAACGGGGCCGCCGGAUACCAUCUCUACCGCGGCGCGAACAGCUUCUCCGGAGCCGAGCAAGCUUAUGCUGGUCUCCUCGUCUUCUUCUUCUGUUCCCGAAUUAACGUCCUCAUCGAGCUCGGCAUCAAGCCCACCUUUGUCCUCUCUAGGCAGCUCCGGUAUUGGCGAAUCGAUUGCCCAAAGGACCCCAGGGCCUGCUGCUGUGGACACUGAGGAUGAAGUUGAUAAACUCACCGCGCAGUGGUUGGCGUCACCGGGAACUAUCGACGCGCUAAACUCCAGCUUCCACUCAAAAGCCAAUCGAGAUAAACCAGAAACCCCCGUCAAGGGCAGCGCGCGCUCAAGGAAGGGACUUCCAUUCAUUGUUCCGGAAGCUCCAGAAUCUCCUACUACCGAGUGGCGCAAGAUUGCGAAAGGGAAGCAACGGAUGCGUUCACCUAGUCCUACGCUCAUGUAUCCAACACCGGAGACCGCUAAUCUUCCCCGGCUGUCAACUCCGCCGCCCAGGCCAUGUACACCAUCUCGACAGCGCAAAAUAUCCGGCAGCACUGCCAUCCAACUGUCGCCCCAGCGAACACCGCUAUCUCACCGCGGGCUUCACAUGAGCCCCUCACCCAGCCUGGCGCACUACAAAUCCAACCUGGACCCUCCACCUGCGGCUGUUUUCCUCCCACAAGCUCCCCUCCUAUCCGGCAUGCCGCCACCCGAUGAUACUGGUUUGACACUGCCACACCCGCGCACACCGUCCCGGAAGCGCACUCCAAAGCAGGGUGGCUCGGGCUCCAAGACUAAUGGCGUUGACCUGUCACCGUUCACGCCCAAGCGUCUGUUUGGUGGUAUAGACUCACCUUUCCGAACACCUUCGUCCCACUUUCACGACCCAUACAACCCCGCCACACUCCUCGAGGAAGAAAUCAGCCGUCUUAACUCACAGGAGUUCACUCUGCAGGACAGCCCCGAGAGCUCGCUUUUUGGGAAACACGGCGCUUUGUAUGACAGCCCCAGCAUCCCAAGCCCUUCGCGAUACUGGUGA